AUGGCUGAGGCUGCAGGUGCCGCCAGCAGCAACCCCAACGCGGAGAUUGUUCGGGGCCAGGUCUUUGAAGUUGGCCCCAGAUAUACCAACUUGCAGUACAUCGGAGAAGGAGCUUAUGGCAUGGUUGUGUCGGCCUUCGACAACGUGAAAGUUACAAAAGUCGCUAUAAAGAAAAUUUCGCCGUUCGAACACCAGACGUAUUGCCAGAGGACGCUCCGUGAGAUAAAAAUCCUCACCCGAUUUAAGCAUGAGAACAUUAUCGAUAUUCGGGAUAUUUUAAGAGCAGACUCUAUUGAUCAAAUGAAGGACGUGUAUAUCGUUCAGUGUUUAAUGGAAACUGACCUUUACAAACUCUUAAAAACUCAGAAACUAAGCAACGAUCAUAUCUGCUACUUCCUCUACCAAAUCCUGCGAGGAUUGAAAUACAUCCACUCCGCUAAUGUACUGCAUAGGGAUCUCAAACCUUCGAACCUACUACUUAAUACCACCUGUGAUUUAAAGAUUUGCGACUUCGGUCUCGCACGGGUCGCGGACCCGGAUCACGACCACACCGGCUUCCUCACGGAGUACGUCGCCACUCGCUGGUACAGGGCGCCGGAGAUCAUGCUCAAUUCCAAGGGGUACACCAAGUCAAUCGACAUUUGGUCGGUGGGCUGCAUCCUAGCGGAGAUGUUGUCCAACCGGCCUAUAUUCCCCGGCAAACAUUACCUCGACCAGCUGAACCACAUCCUUGGCGUACUCGGUUCACCCAGUCAGGAGGAUCUGGAUUGCAUCAUCAAUGAGAAGGCUCGUGGAUACUUGGAGUCGCUGCCGUACAAGCCGCGCGUGCCGUGGGCGGAUCUGUUCCCGGGAGCGGACCCGCGCGCGUUGGACUUGUUGCAUCGCAUGCUCACCUUCAAUCCACACAAGCGGAUCACCGUCGAGGAAGCCCUCGCUCAUCCAUACCUCGAGCAGUACUACGAUCCCAACGACGAGCCGGUUUCGGAAGAACCAUUCCGCUUCGCGAUGGAGUUAGACAAUUUGCCGAAGGAGACGCUCAAGAAGUUCAUCUUUGAAGAAACUCUGCUGUUCAAGCAACAGAACGAGGGCGCGUAA